AUGCCUUAUGUAUACAGGCUUCAAAACACGGUGUUUCUCAGGGUAAGUAAUAUUUAUAAACGGUUAAAUGGUGAUAUUGCUGCAUCUAGCAAGUGUAUAAAGUGGGCUGAUCGCUUGAGCGUUGCCACUGAUGCAGCUUAUGCAUUAUCUUACAUGCACAAUGCUUUGCGAAAGUCAGUUGUGCAUAGGGAUGUUAACUCAUUGAAUAUACCACUUGACUAUUCACUCCGUGGCAAAUUAGCAAACUUGGGCUAUUCUGUGUCAAUUAAUCCAAGGGAGACUCCCCAAAUGAGAUGUCCUGUUGAAGGAACUCCUGGAUACAUUGAUCCCGAGUACAGAGAUACUCAAGAGGUGACAGAUAAGUGUGAUGUAUAUAGCUUUGGGGUUUUCAUGUUGACGGUAUUAACGGAAAGCAGCCUAGUAUGA